UAUCGUGAGAAAGCUCGACGUCUACGACUGAAUACAAGAACAGACGGACAUUCAGAUGAGAAUCCGCUUAACUCGUUUGAGACCAGCGAUCCUGCGAAAGAGUCGGAGCCCGCGAGAACCGUGAAAGAUAUAGAUCCGGGCCAACUAACCGGUACAUCUACGUAUAAUCUGCGUCGUAAAACUGUGUCACAUCCGACGACGACAACGGCAGCAGCACUUCCGGAACGGUCCUCUGUGCUACCCACUGUCCCUGAACAGACCGGUGACGUGCAACGUCUCCACUUUGAUGAUGUACGUAACCCCCCUCGCGGUGUUGCUGGUGUUAAGAUUGCGCUAAGUAUCAAGGCCGAGCGUUCGACUGGAUCCCGGGCAGCAGCCGACUUUGCGCUGUACUUCUGGAUGGUUCAGUACGGAUUAACAGCUACAGAACGAAGCAUCGAUACCUAUUCGUCGUAUUCGUUGAGACGUACAGCGCACAGUCGAGCACUGACUAGAAUCCAGUCAAGAAGCGAGCACUCCGCCUUGACAAUUAGCGCAAUCCCAACACCAGCAACACUGCGAGCUUCGAAUGCCGAGUCGCCUGACACACGAAGGGUGAAGCGUGAGGUUGAGGUUGGAUCAGGAGAACGCAGGUAG